AUGUCGAGUAGCGGCUCGGGCUCUUCCUCGCGGAAGGAGUUCGAUGUGAAGCAGAUACUCAGGAUCCGAUGGAGGUGGUUCGGUCACCCCGCGGUCCCUCCCCCUCACUCCCCGCCGCUCGGAGACUACUUCGCUGGGAGGAGGACGGGCGGCAGUUCCGGAGACGGACCUUCAGUUAGCGGCUGUAGCAACUCGAAUUCAGCCGGCGCAAACCCCACCGCCGGGGGUCACAGCAGCGGUUUGGUUGCCAGCGGCAGCGCCGGCUCUAACCUUUGUAACAGCACCAACAGAAAGUUUGCUGAUCCGCCGGGGAGUCGGGGCGGACCGGGGGGAGCGGCAGCUGGAGCAACGGGGAGCUCCUGCCCCCGCUCCUUCAGCCAGCCGGAGUGCAGGAGCCCCGCCGCGGCGCUGUCGUGGGUCUCCCCGCCACCUCAUCGUCGUUCCCGUCCGGCGACAAGCAUGGAGCCCCCCAGCGAGGCCCCGGUGCCCCAGCUGGUACCCGAGCCACCCGCUCAUGUCGGGGUGGAGGAGGAGGCGGCGGCACCAGCAGCGGCGGGCACCGAGGACAACAGCCACCCGGAAACUGACUCCAGCUCCUGCAGGACGUCUAACAGCAGCGCUACACUGUCCUCUUGCGUGUCGCUUGAGCCAUGCGCAUGUCCGGAGGAGUGCAUGUUCACUGCCCUGUCCCACGCCGACAUCACCUUCCGCAAGAUGGAGGGCUACCUGAGGUCCCGGCAGCUGUGUGAUGUCAUACUGGUGGCUGGAGACAGGCGGAUACCUGCACACAGAUUGGUCCUCUCAUCUGUGUCGGACUACUUUGCAGCAAUGUUUACCAGCGAUGUGAGGGAGGCCAAGCAGGACGAGGUGAAGAUGGAGGGAGUGGACCCUGAUGCAUUGUGGGUCCUCGUGCAGUAUGCAUACACAGGCCGUCUCGAGUUGAGGGAGGACACCAUUGAGUCUCUGCUGUCAGCCUCGUGCCUACUGCAGUUGUCUUCAGUGGUUCAGGCCUGCUGCUCGUUCCUCAUGAAGCAGCUCCACCCCUCCAACUGUCUGGGUAUCCGCUCCUACGCCGACGCUCAGGGCUGCAAUGACCUGCAGAGGGCCGCUCACGCCUACACCAUGGAACACUUUUUAGAGGUGGUAGGAGGCCAGGAGUUCCUGUUGCUCCCAGUGGAGGAGAUGGAGAGGCUGCUCACGUCCGAUGACGUAAACGUGCCAGACGAGGAAACCGUGGUAACCUCUUUGUUGACGUGGGUCCGUCAUGAUGCCGCCACACGACAGCGUCAGCUACCUUUGCUGCUGGCCCACAUUCGACUGCCACUGCUGCAGCCACAGUUCUUGGCAGACCUGGAGUCCAACCCUCUGCUCAGGGACAGUAUGGAGUGCCAGCGGCUGCUGAUGGAAGGGAUGAAGUAUCACCUCUUGCCCCAGCGUCGGCCCCUGCUUCAGAGUCCUCGCACACGGCCUCGCAAGGCCACUGUUGGGGCCAUGUUCGCUGUAGGGGGCAUGGACGCUACCAAAGGUGCUACCAGUAUCGAGCAGUACUGUCUGCGGCGGGACACAUGGAGGCAGGUAGCCACCAUGAGCGGACGGAGACUGCAGUUUGGUGUAGCUGUCCUUGAUGGCCGUCUCUAUGUGGUUGGCGGCCGCGAUGGACUGAAGACCCUCAACACUGUGGAGUGUUACAACCCGCACAGCAAGACGUGGAGCGUCAUGCCUCCCAUGUCCACACACAGGCAUGGCUUAGGUGUAGCUGUUCUAGAGGGGCCCAUGUACGCAGUAGGAGGACAUGAUGGCUGGAGCUACCUCAGCACAGUGGAAAGGUGGGACCCCCAAGCUCGCCAGUGGAGCUUUGUUGCAAGUAUGGCUACACCCAGAAGCACAGUGGGAGUAGCUGUUCUCAAUGGCAAGUUGUAUGCAGUAGGAGGUCGUGACGGCUCAUCCUGCCUGCGUUCAGUGGAGUGUUUCGACCCCCACACCAACAGGUGGAGUGGUUGUGCUCCAAUGGCGAAAAGGCGUGGAGGUGUGGGUGUGGCCACAUGGCAUGGCUUCCUGUACGCCAUCGGAGGUCAUGAUGCUCCGGCCUCAUCCCUCGCAUCUCGACUAAGUGACUGUGUGGAGAGGUAUGACCCUCAGACAGAUGUGUGGACUGCAGUUGCCCCCAUGAGCAUCAGCAGAGAUGCUGUUGGUGUUUGUCUCCUUGGCGACCGUCUCUAUGCUGUGGGCGGUUAUGAUGGGCAGGUGUAUCUCAAUACUGUAGAAGCCUACGACCCUCAGACAAACGAGUGGACACAGGUCGCCCCUCUGUGUCUGGGCAGGGCUGGAGCAUGUGUGGUGGCCGUCAGACUGUGAAAACACAAACAUUCAGUGACGACUGUGCAUGAUGUGGCUCCGACAGCAAGCCUCCUCUCUGUCACCACUUUGUCACGGAAGUCACAGCAAGAAACCCAUCUGCCUGCCAGCACGUAAAAGACGCCAGAAAGUGUGAGACUGAUGAUGAUGGAACAAAUUCGGGGUUUACACUAUGGCAAAGUCAGAUUUAGCGACUGCCUAUCCUUCAUUUUAAUGUUUACGGUUAAUGUAGCGUUCAAUAAUGUGUCGGAUUUCUGAUAAAGUUUUUGGAUUUCAAGAUCCUGAUAACUUCUGAUACAGAAGUGAACCUACAUCCAUGAUGAAGACAAAUCUGCAGUGUUUAUCUGAGCAUGACAGAACACCUGUCUCACAGCUUUUUUUUUUCCUUUUCUAUUAUUUUGUUCCGUUGACAAGGUGGCACACACACACGCAC